AUGCUUGGAUGUGUUGAAUUUAUACACAACUGCCAUAAAUCUAUCAAACCCGGCUAUAUCGGAUCGGCAGCGACCCCUCCGCCGGUACUUACGCUGCAGCAGCAAGCGGCGGCGGAUAAGCUUAAAGAGAUGAGAUACUACCAUAAGAUCGAAACAGCACUAUACCGCGUCACUCAGGUGAUGCAGAAUGACAGUAGCAAAUACAGCAAAUCAGAAAUAUCGGACAUCAAGAAGAACCUAGAGGACGCCAGGGGUAAAUUGACAGUUCUAGAUAAAUGUCUGACGAAGUAUCGAGAUCACGCAGAAUCCAUCGGGGUCGACCCAGCAGCUAUCAACCAUGAUUCAAUGGGGGACCCUUUCAAUGUGUUCCCAGUAGCAGGUGAUCUCACGAUGCAAAUUGGUGAUGCCAAGGACUAUCUCGGAGUGGAUCCUAAAGCCAAAUCCAACACAACUAUCGAGGUGCGCAUCGAUAACUCGGUUCCGAUCUUGAAGGCGAAGGCCAAGCGUACCGAUCCCAGCAGCUACACGCCCCAGUCUAGCCACAAAAUCAACCUGGGCAAACGCUUAUGGUUCUACCUUUACGAGAAGGAAACUCUUAUUGGAUUUGCCACGUACGAACUGGAAAGCCUGCUGGAAUCGAACAUGGCCGAGGAAGAGCUCACUAUCGAGCCCGCAGGUACGCUGACCGUCAAACUCGGUCUGAUGAAGAACACAGACCGUUACGCUGGAGGACUGCAACGUGUGGCCGGUAUCAAACAGGCGAGAGGCGGCAAAACUACCAGCAGUGCGGCUUGUACCGGUGGCCACACAUUCUUGCAUCUUCCGCCGGAUGUCGAACCUACCAACUGCAUUGUGUGCACCAAGAUCACCACUACACGAUCGUACCAGUGCAGGGGAUGCAAGGUGGUGGCUCACAGAGGAUGUUAUUCCUCCUCUAGCGUGCCCCGGUGCCAGUCAGAGGACACAGGCAGCGAUGAACCGAUCAAUACGGAGGACAAAACGGGCCAUAACAUUCCGCAUCGAUUUACGCAACUCAAGGGUCUGUCAAAGGCCACGUGCUAUCAGUGCAAGGCUAUCAACAUAGGCAUUUUGGGUCAAAGUCUGCAGUGUAGCGACUGCAGUAUUGUGUGCUGUAAAAAGUGUAAGGAUGCCGUGGCCAAUCAUUGUGGAGUGCCUGAGGAGUACGUGCACUACAUGAGCAGACAAUCCGACAAAUCGCAAGCAGAGAGGAAAUCCCUUAAGGCCAAAGCAACUCCGUCAGCAAGUACGGCUACGUUGGAACCGUCGUCAGACCCGCCACCAUGCACUCCAACCGCUGAGGAACAAAAGCCAAGGCCCCCUGUACCUCAACCAUAUGAGAAGAAGGUCCUCAAACCUGUCCAAGACACAGAGCCGGUGGCUGUUACUGUGCCCGAGAUGAUUGCGACAGGCGUAAGUGAAAUAUCUGCAGUGUCGCGACUGCAAAUGUCCGACUUCACAUUCAUCUCUGUUCUUGGUCGGGGCAACUUUGGCAAGGUCAUGUUGGCCGAGGACUCCAAAACCAACACGCUCUGCGCCAUCAAACUCAUCAAAAAGCACUACACCGUCCAACAAGAUGAGGUCGAGAGUAUCCGGACGGAGAAGGAGAUCUUCCAGGUCGCCAAUCAGGAACGCCACCCGUUCUUGGUCAAUCUCUACAGUUGCUUCCAAACACCCACGCACCUGUGCUUUGUGAUGGAGUACGCCUGCGGAGGAGAUCUAAUGAAACAUAUUCAUAACGAAGUCUUUGGAAGCGCACGUGGCCGCUUCUACGCGUGUGAGAUCUUGCUCGGUUUGGAGUAUCUCCACACCAACGGGAUCGUCUACCGUGAUCUGAAGCUCGACAAUCUGCUGCUGGAUCGAGAGGGUCAUAUUAAAAUUGCCGAUUUCGGACUUUGUAAGACGGGCAUGUUCCACAACCAGACCACACAGACCUUCUGUGGAACACCGGAGUUCAUUGCGCCCGAGAUUCUGAAGGAGGCAAGCUACACACGCGCUGUUGAUUGGUGGGCAUUUGGAAUCCUGAUCUUCGAAAUGAUUGUCGGACAGGCACCCUUUUUCGGAGCCAACGAGGAUGAGAUCUUCGAUCAAAUUAUGUAUAAUGAGCUUCAUAUCCCAACUUGGCUCGGAAGGAAGAAUCCGGCAGCAGUGAGUAUCAUCAAACAGCUCGUUGUCAAGAAUCCUAAGGACCGUCUGGGAUCCAGUGUGAGAGACGCGGAGGAGAUCAAAGAACACCCCUGGUUUUCCGACGUCAAAUGGACUGACGUCUACCACAAGCGCAUACCUGUGCCACGCGUGCCCCGUCUGUUGGAUCCACGAGAUACAAGUAAUUUCGAUGACGAGUUCACCGCCGAAGAGGCGAUUGUCACUCCCAUUCAAGAAUCUCCUCUGGAUGCCGCGGAACAGGCUGAAUUCGAUGGCUUCAGUUUACACACAGGAUGGCUUGCUGGCAAUGUGUAGACGCGGGAAACUAAAUCAUAUGCGCAGUUUAUAAGGGAGACGCACUAAAAUCACAGGUUUUACGGCCACACGUGGACAUUUGAGCCUGCCAUUCAAUGCUACAACCUUAGGAAGUAUAGAAGGAUUUGGCGUAAGACCUCGUAUGAGUGCACUGUGGCUGCAAAGGACAGUUCCAUUCGUAUAGACAUGUUUGUAACCAAUAUACUAAUGAAUAUCGUACCACUAAUAACUGAGCGCUCACAAUGCACACUUCAUCUCGUUGAAAAUACCUACACCUACCGUAAAGAUGUCACUCUUUCUGUGGGUCUCAAAACGCAACAUAAAUGCGAAUACUUGGCACACAUUGAGAUCUUUGUAAAAACACAUCCUCCAAUUAAUAAAAUUUUACGAC